AUGCCCGUGGCCAAUCAGAGGUGUGUGAUGUCGGCGGCGGAGGCGGAGGUGUAUCUGUCCCAGGUGCAUGAUGGGAGUGUGUCCUCUGGCUUUAGGGCGCUGUACGAAGAGCGCCUCCUGCUGGACGUCACGCUCAUGAUCGAGGAGCACCACUUCCAGGCUCACAAGGCUCUCCUGGCCACUCAGAGUGACUACUUCCGUGUGAUGUUCACGGCCGACAUGAGGGAGAGAGACCAGGACAAGAUCCACCUAAAGGGACUGACGGCUGCAGGCUUUGGACACAUCCUGAGGUUCAUGUACUACGGCUCUCUGGAGCUCAGCAUGCCCACGGUGCACGAGAUUUUGCAGGCUGCCAUGUACGUCCAGCUGACUGAGGUGGUGGAGUUCUGCUGCUCGUUCCUCCUGGCGAAGAUCUGCCUGGAGAACUGUGCAGAGGUGAUGCGUCUGAUGGAGGACUUCAGCGUGGGCGUGGAGGGCGUCCAGGAGCAGAUCGACAACUUUGUGCUGGAAAACUUUGUUCCUCUGAUGAGCAGACAAGACUUCCUGUCCUACCUCAGCCUCGACAGACUGACGUCAUACCUGAACGCAGACGCUCUGAGCCGCUUCCCUGAGGUGGAGCUGUACGAGUCGCUUCAGUCCUGGCUCCGACACGAUCGCCGCCGCUGGAGACACACGGACACCAUCAUCCAGAGUCUACGCUUCUGUCUGAUGAGUCCAGCCAACAUAUUUGACAAGGUAAAGACGUCAGAGUUCUACCGGUACUCGCGGCAGCUGCGGCAGGAGGUGGAAGUGGCGCUAUCCUACUUCCAUGACGUGAACACGCAGCCACUGGUGGAGUCCAGAUCAAACCGGAUCAGAUCUGUGAGAGCGCAGACCGCAGUCUUCAGAGGGAUGAUCGGACACAGUAUGGUGAACAGCAAGAUCCUGCUGCUCCAGCGACCCAAGGUGUGGUGGGAGCUGGAGGGCCCCCAGGUGCCUCUGCGGCCCGACUGUUUGGCCAUCGUCAAUAACUUUGCCUUUCUGCUGGGAGGAGAGGAGCUGGGAGCCGACGGAGAGUUCCAUGCCUCGUCCAAGGUCUACCGGUAUGACCCCCGGCAGAACUCGUGGCUGAGGAUGGCCGACAUGUCUGUGCCAAGGUCUGAGUUUGCAGUGGGUGUGAUUGGGAAGUACAUUUACGCAGUAGCGGGUCGGACGCGGGACGAGACCUUCUACUCCACAGAGCGCUAUGACAUCACAGAGGACCGCUGGGAGUUUGUGGAUCCGUAUCCAGUGAACAAGUAUGGCCACGAGGGCACAGUGCUUAACGGCAAGCUGUAUAUCACCGGAGGCAUCACGUCCUCCUCUACCUCCAAACAGGUGUGUGUUUUUGACCCGGGGCGAGAGUCUGGCUCAGGGGCGGGACCCCCGGACAGGCCCCGCCCCUCCCGCAACGCGCCCUUACUCCCGACCAAUCACAGCUGCUGGGAAAACAAGUCAAAAAUGAACUACGCACGCUGCUUCCACAAGAUGAUCUCACACAAUGGGAAACUGUACGUGUUCGGUGGCGUGUGCGUGAUCCUGCGUGCCUCCUUUGAGUCGCAGGGCUGCCCGAGCACAGAGGUGUACGAUCCGCAGACCGACGACUGGACCAUCUUGGCCUCCAUGCCCAUCGGCCGCAGCGGGCACGGCGUGGCAGUGCUGGACCGACACAUCAUGGUGCUGGGAGGACUCUGCUACAACGGUCACUACAGCGACUCUAUCCUGACUUUCGACCCUGAGGACAACAAGUGGAAGGAGGACGAGUUUCCCAGGAUGCCUUGCAAACUGGACGGGCUGCAGGUGUGUAGUCUGCACUUCCCUGAGUUUGUGCUGGAGCAUGUGCGGCGGUGCAGCUGA